UAGAGAGCUAGCUUAGAGUACUUCUUCUUCUACUCUCUGACACAGACAAGUGCCUGGCUUUUGAGGCUUUCUAGAGAGAGAGAGAGUGUGUGCUUAACGGCGAAAUUAAUCUUUCAACUCCUUUCCGGCCAAAAUGAUAGCCUACCUGGAGUGUUUCGUUCACGAAAACGACACUGAAUCGAGGCCGGACGAUGACGUUUCCAGCCUCUCCAAGGCUCUGGACCUCAAAGGCAGUAUCCACGACUGCGAGGGGCCCACCGAUGAGGCCUCCAGAGAUUUCGGCGGCAUGACGGUGGCGGCGCGAGGCAACGGCCACUCGAUCAACGGCCAGGCGAUGGCGGAUCGAGGCCUCGUCUUGGACAUGCGGUCCUUGGACGACCAUUUCCGAGUGGUAAAAGCGAACAAUGACUCCUUUUACGCCGACGUGUCCGGAGGGGCAUUAUGGGAAGAUGUGCUGAAACGGUGCGUUUUCAAGUACGGGAUGGCCCCGAGGUCCUGGACUGAUUACCUCAGCUUGACGGUGGGCGGGACGUUAUCCAACGCCGGCGUCAGCGGUCAGGCUUUCCGUUACGGUCCACAAACGUCAAACGUUACGGAGCUACAAGUCGUUACGGGGAAAGGCGAAAUUUUCAAUUGCUCCGAAACCGAAAACUCGGAGCUCUUUUUCGGAGCGCUUGGCGGACUCGGACAGUUCGGUAUCGUCACCCGAGCUAGGGUUUUGCUCCAACCAGCCCCAGACAUGGUGAGAUGGAUAAGGCUGGUGUACACCGAGUUUGAGGACUUCACUCGGGACGCCGAGUUACUGGUGACUCGGCAGGACGAGGAGGACUCGUUUGAUUACGUGGAAGGCUUUGCCUUCGUCAACAGCGACAACCCGGCAGAUGGGCGGCCCUCCGUGCCGUUGGAUCCGGACCAGGUCUUCGACCCGACCCAUCUUCCACGAACCGCCGGAUCAAUGCUCUACUGUCUCGAACUGGCUCGUCACUACCGCAACGCUGACGACCCCUCAAUUGUUGAUAUGGGCGUGAACAGAUUGCUUGGAGGCCUCGGAUUCGUUGAGCGAUUGAAGUUCCAAGUGGACCUCAGCUACCUCGAGUUCUUAUUGCGUGUGAAGCGUGCAGAGGAACACGCCAAGGCCAACGGGAUAUGGGACGCGCCACAUCCUUGGUUGAACCUGUUCGUCUCGAAAUCUGAUAUCGCUGAUUUUGAUCGGACGGUCAUCAAGAAGAUCCUCAAGGAUGGGAUUGGUGGGCCCAUGCUCGUCUACCCUCUGCUGCGAAGCAAGUGGGAUACGCGUACAUCAGUGGCGCUACCAGAAAGUGAAAUCUUCUACAUAGUGGCAUUGUUACGUUUCACUCCACCAUACCCAAAAGGUCCCUCGUUCGAGAAUUUGGUGGCCCAGAACAAAGAAAUUAUACAAUAUUGCACCAAAAAGGGGUUUGAUUUCAAGUUGUAUCUGCCUCACUAUCGAUCGCAGGAUGAUUGGAAGCGGCAUUUUGGAAAUGAUCGAUGGUCGAGAUUCGUGGAGCGGAAGACCUGCUUUGAUCCAAUGGCCAUCCUUGCUCCUGGACAGAAAAUUUUCCCUAGGGUUUCUCAACCCUAACGGUAGAAUAAAUAGUCAUUGUCGCAAUGUAAUUGUUUUGUGUUGGCAUCUUUUUUCUCUGAAUUAGUUUCUGCUGGUGGGUCAGUGUCAGUGCCAUUGUUAUCAAAAUUGACAUUCGACAAAGAAUGUGUUGGAGCAAUUAAUGAUGUAAAGAAAUAGUUUGAGCGAGAAAUUUUGAUCGUUUUCAUGUAUUUGUUUUUUUGUUAAUUAAACAUAAAAUAAAAAGCCAAAAAAAAAGGAUGGAAGUAUUAUCAG